AUGGCAGGUUCCAUACAAUUUGCGGUUUCUACUCCCUGUAAUACCAAAAAUCAAAGGUCUGGUUAUAAACUUCUCACAUAUACCGAAGAUAACAAGCUAUCUGUGAUUCGAACCUCCCAGCUCAGAAAUAAGGACAUUUUUAUCGAUUCUGAUACUGAUGUCACAGUUCAAGCCUUUUGUUAUAUAAAACCAAGGGAAAGAGAAAUCACGCCACCAACUUCAAAUGAUGGCAUCAUGGAUUAUUCAGACUACUUUUUUGUGGCUAAAUCAAAUGGGCUGAUUGAGAUCAUUCAAGACUAUAAAUACAAAAUUUCUAAGCAUGAAACUCUGGAAGCAGACUACGUUCUUCGUUGUACGCCAGAAGAUUAUAGUUCAGGAAUCUUUCCUGACUUUGUUAUAGUUAGUUUAGAAUAUAAAGAUGGGCUAUUAUACUGUUGUAUGAGUAGUGGUAAAGUGUACAUUUUCGUUUUAAAUGUACCAUCAGACUAUAUUCAAAUAGAAAAUUUCCAAACUGUACGGAAGUAUAGUAACAUUUUCAAGCACUCAAGAACUGGAGCACAUUUUGACGAUGAACGGUAUAAUACAAGAGAAAAUAGCGAAUUCAUUGAACAGACACAAUUUACUGGAAGGUCUCAAUCAUCAUUGCAACAUAUUUGCUAUUACCUGACACCAAUCGAUCCACCAAAAUCAUCAGUACCGAGGACCAUAUUGUAUUAUACUAGCUUGUACAAAAAACAGCAUAUUUAUAGACCAUCCAUUUAUAUCUGUUUAGAGCAAAAUAUUUCUGCAUUCCAUAUUAAUCCAUUCGACAAAUUCAGUUUUUUAACUGUCUCUCCAAGGAAUCCCAUAAUGAUUAGGCGAGUGAUAAUAUCACUAACAUAUCUGAAUUAUUUUGAGACUUUUUUACAAUUGAAACAAAAAGCUCAGCAAAAAUAUCAGCAGGAACUCAUACCAUGGGAAAAAUUAGCAUUCGAUAACGGAUUCGAAUCUUUUGCAUACUGGAUGGUCUGCGAAUCAGUUUACGGCUAUGAAGGUGUCAGCUCCUCCUCUUGGAAUGAUAUUGUAGAAAAUAAUGGGACUGGAAAUUUGAAUGCUACAAUCGUUUGGAGAGAAAACCAAGCUGAAGUUAAGGAUCCAAGUGAUGACAUUAUUUACAAGAUCAUGAAAGACAAAGAACUAGACUAUUUCGAUUUUAGUUCUGGAGAGAGAGAUGAUUUUAGGUACGCUAGUAGUUCUAUAAAUCGUAUACGGGACCACUUAUAUUCUAGAAGUAAUGACAUGAGAAGAGAAAUGUUUCGGAGACGCAAUAACAAUAUAGACAUACCAAACUUGCAUAAAUCCGCGCUGGACGUCUUCGUAAAGAAUGUUAAAAAGAAUACAUUUAUUACUGACUUUAGAAUAGUGGAGUUGAAUAAUUCUGAUAUGGGAGAAAACAUUGGGGUUCCGAGAGAAAGACAGCCUACUAUUCUUACAAACCAUGAUGAUGAGAAUGACAUGGAAAUUGAUGAACUCAGCUCGCCUACUGAUAGUGACACAGCCGACCAUUCGUCUUCAUCAAUUAGUGAAUCAGAUGUAGAGCCUUAUAAUAGCGAAGAUGAGGACGAUGAUCUAAUGAGGCCAUCAUAUCCAUGGGAAGAAGGGGAAAGAACAAUUACCUCAUUUUUAACAAACCGUUACAAAAAAAUGAACAUUAUUGCCAUUGAUCGCUUCCUAACGAUAAAUGUCUUUAAGCCCAAAUUCCAAGAUGACGCAUUUCUGAAAAUCGAGCCACUAGAGAAUUUGGUAGUGGAUCAAACAAUGUCAAGGGAUGACAUGAUUUUAGCCAGAGGACUUGAGAUGUUAUCUUCCUUUAAAAAAUUGUAUAUGCUUACAGACUCACUAUGCCUAAUUUUGGACAUUCAUGGGUUAUUGUUAAUUGAUUUAAGGAAAGUACAAGAUUGUAAGAACUUACUUAAUAAUGAAAUCUCUGCACUAAAAAUGAUUCCGUUUAACAUUGGAUUAAUCACCGACUCUCUCCUAUCGAUAGAGGCUUUUGAAAGCAGCAAAAUUUAUAAAGGGUUUGAUAUUACAUUCAGAUUAAUAAUCACUUGUCUUCCGAAUGAAAUUAAGGCAUUUACUGGCUCUUUUCAAGCUCACACAAAGAUAGGAAGUAUCUCGUUAACCGAUAGAGUAAAACUCAAUAAGCAAAAUAAAUUUGUUGAUAAACUAGCUCUAAUUGGUGACGGAGUUUCCAAGAGUCGAAGCGAUGUUGUGCAUGACAGGAAAAGAUCACGGUCAGAAUCAGUAGAAAAGUUAGAUAAGUUCUGGAAGUCUGUCAAAACUAAGGCUCCAAAUGAAGAUUAA